UUUUUUUUUUUUUUUUUUUUUUUUGUUAUUAAAAAAGAUAAUAUUUAUUUAGUUAAUGAUAAUAAAUAGAAAUAGAAAAAGAAAAAGGAAAAUAGGAAGAAUAGAGAGAGAGGGUGGAGAGUUGAAAUCGGAUGCGACGAAUUUGAUAAACCGAUCAAGUCCUAAUAUCAUCAUUAUCAUACUCCAUUCCUUUCACUCUCCUCAUCGGAACACAACUUUCUCUCUCUCUCUACCGAUUCAUUUCCUUCGAAUCUACGAUCACACAUGGCGGAUCAGCUCACCGAUGAUCAGAUCUCCGAGUUCAAGGAAGCCUUCAGCCUAUUUGACAAGGAUGGCGAUGGUUGCAUCACGACAAAGGAGCUUGGAACUGUGAUGAGAUCCUUAGGGCAAAAUCCAACUGAAGCUGAACUCCAGGAUAUGAUAAAUGAAGUCGAUGCUGACGGGAAUGGAACCAUUGAUUUCCCGGAAUUUCUAAAUCUAAUGGCGAGAAAGAUGAAGGAUACAGACUCAGAGGAAGAACUGAAGGAAGCAUUUAGAGUUUUCGAUAAGGAUCAGAACGGUUUCAUUUCUGCUGCCGAGCUUCGUCAUGUUAUGACGAAUCUUGGUGAAAAGCUUACUGAUGAAGAAGUUGAUGAAAUGAUCCGGGAAGCUGACGUUGAUGGUGACGGUCAAAUCAACUAUGAGGAGUUUGUUAAGGUUAUGAUGGCCAAGUAGGCCAAGUAAUGACCCUUUUUUAUCUGUUUUUAUUUUGUUUUCAAAGGACAAAAAAGAUGAUUUUAGGCCAUGGAUAAUAUGUUUAAUUAUGCAUCUUUUGAGUGUUAUAUUGACAACUAUUUUCCACUUUCUUUC